AUGAGGCAACAAGGGAGCCCCUUGGACUUGAACAACCUGCCGGAGGAGUACGGCAAGCAAGCCGUGGAGAGCUCAGCGACCACCGCCGCAUCCAGCGCCGCCGCCGCCCCCGACGCAACCAGGACAAAGAAGAAGAGCAUCGGAGGGAAGGAUGAGGCCGGCAAGGUGUACCAGUGCAGGUUCUGCUCCCUCAAGUUCGGCAAAUCCCAAGCCCUGGGAGGCCACAUGAACCGCCAUCGCCAAGAGAGGGAGACCGAGACCCUCAACCGAGCCCGGCAGCUCGUCUUCGGCAACGACACCCUCUCCGCCGUCGGCGCACAGAUGAGUUUCAGGGAUGUGAACAUGGGAGGCAGUGCUCCAUCGGCCAUGCUGGGAGGAGGAUUCAGGGGAGGCUUCACCGGCAGCGGCGGCGGGGUCGUCGGAGACCCGAGCCACCACCCGUUCCGGCCGGUGCACCCGCGGGUGUCGCCGCAGACACCGCCGUCGUACCACUACCUCUACAGCACGACGCCGUCCGCGUUGAACCCCAUGAGCUACCCGGCGACGUACCCUGCUCCUCCCCGCCAGCAGCCCGCCUCCGUCGGCGACUACGUCAUCGGCCACGCCGUUUCCCCCGGCGACGCAAUGAUACAGCAGCAGCAGCAGCAGCGACGCGCUGCCGGCUUCUCCUCCUGCUUCGGCGCUCCACUCUCCGCGCCGCCGUCGACGGCGCCGGCGAACGUGCAGGCAGACCACAACUACAGCUUCGGGUGCGGCGGCCACACCAGAAAUAUGAAUGCCUCCUCCUGA